AACGACAGAGACCAUUUACGUGAGAUAAACGUAUGUGCGAGGUCUCAACCGCAAAAGUGCCACCGGUAUAAAUACAUGGCCAUAGUGGUGUGGAGCUACAGCCUACAGGUACCGCAUCUCCACCUGCGAGUUCGAGGAUCGACACGUACGCACCUGCUGCCGGCCAUGGACGACGAACUGCUCUCCCCGUGCUCCUCCUUCUUCCCAGUCUCGCCGCCGGCCGCCGAGUUCGAGCACCACCACAACCAGUUUAUCGAGUUCACCUCCUGCGAGGUCCCCGAGCAAUGGCUGCUCGGCGACGUCGUCGUGCCGGCCAAGAGCGAGGACACGGGGGACCUGUGGCCCGCGGGGACGUUGCUGUCCCCAGACUCCGAGCUCUCGGAACUGCCGGCGACGAGCCUCCCUGCCUCCACGGAGUCGACGCCGCGGCCGGCGGCCAAGCGGCGCGGGAGGAAGCCCGGGCCCCGCCCCGAGGGCCCCACCGUCAGCCACGUGGAGGCCGAGCGGCAGCGCCGUGACAAGCUGAACCGCCGCUUCUGCGACCUCCGCGCCGCCGUGCCCACCGUGUCACGCAUGGACAAGGCCUCCCUCCUCGCCGACGCGGCCGCAUACAUUGCGGAGCUGCGCGCCCGCGUGGCCCGGCUGGAGGACGAGAGCAACUCCGCCUCCCACGGUGGCGGCGCCUCCUUCCACAACUUUCUAGCCGGAGACGAGACGGUGGAUGUGCGGAUGGUGGGGCGGGACGGGGCGGCGCUGCGCGUGACGACGGCCGCGGGGUCCGCCACGCACGCGCCGGCGCGUCUGAUGAGCGCGCUCCGGUCGCUGGAGCUGCACGUGCAGCACGCGUGCGUGAGCCGCGUGCAGGGCGCGACGGUGCAGGACGCCGUGGUGGACGUGCCCGCCGCGCUCCAGCACGACGACGGCGCCGCCCUCCGCUCCGCGCUGCUCCAGCGGCUGCGUGACAGCGCCUAGCUACAGAGCCUACGUUAUCUCGUGAGCAGGUACAGACAACUCCCGCGUACGACCGAUGCCAUGCAUGAUAAUUCUGACGCCUUUGCUUCGUGUCGUCCAUGGAAUAAAUUCAAGACCUAUCUAUAUUGCAAACAGUGACCGGUGAAGGCUUGUUUGGGUCUAUACGUACAGAUUGAGUAUAUAUACGCACGUGUGUUACUAGUGUUAUAUAUGCUUGUUAUAAACUGUUGAUUUUCUUUUUCAUUUGUAUAUAUGGAGAGUGCUUGUUAUACUAUUGUGUAAUAUAUACAUGUAUACAAUUCCUGUAUGACAACUUAAUUAUAUUAGUACUUGUUUUGGUG